CCAUUUUGGCUCAUGCCGUCCCCUGCCCUUCGCUCGCGCCGGUCCGCAGGUCUGGGUGCGGAGGUGCUGCUGGAGGACACUGGGAUCUGGCUGCGGGGGGCCGCCACCGGCAGGCGGAGUGGCCCGUGCGAUGCCUUCGUCGGGAGGAGGCCUCUCGGCUGGGGGCCUCCGCGGCUCGGCGUGGGGCGAGGCGGCGCGGGCGCGUGGCCCUGGAGCGGGGCCUCCGGCGUGCGCUGGUCCGCCCCGUCGGGCAGUGGUGCGGCGCCGCACGCGAGGCGCUCGGCGGCGGGGUGGCCAGGAGAGAGCGCCUCGCUCGGCCUGCCUCGGUCGCGGGGGUCCUCGGAGCGCGGGCGGGGCCCGGGCAGGUGUUGGUGCGCCAGGGCGCCCAACACGCCGGCAGCCUGCCCGGGGGCGGGGCGCCCCUGUCCGCAUGGCGUCUUGCGGAACGGGGGCCGCGCCUCGGGAAGCAGUUCGAGGAGCCGACCACGCUUCCCGAGGUCCCGAUGGGCCUGGACGCGGUGGACCUCGAGGCGGACCUGCUCGCGCGGGCGGCGUUGCAGGCGUUUGCCGAGGACGGCGACGACUGCUUGUUCGGCGGCGGCUGCUUCGUGGAGGCGCCCGCGGCAGGCGAGGGUCGUGCCGUAUCCUCGGCAGUUGAUGCCAGGUCGGCCGGUGCAACGAGUGCCUGGCCCCAGGAGUUUGGCUGGUGGACCAGCAUGCCGAAGUGGAGGCCUUCGUGGAGGGCCUGGCUUCGGGCUGACGGCUGGCGGAGCAGCGCGUGCGGCAGCAGGUCCAGGACGUCUGGGACGAGCUGA